UCGUUAAAAAAACAUGGCCGCUGUGUUAGGGAGGUGUGUGUUACAUUACUAGUGUUAGUCUGAUCAAGUAAAAAGACGAGGCUUGAUGGUGCGGAUGAUUAAGCCGAUCGCGGGGGUGGACGUGAUGAACGCGUUCGACAGUCUUCGUCCGUGUUAUUGAGUAUCUCUGUAAGAGAGAAGGGAGAAGAAAACUUCUUCGACGUUGUGUGUGUAUGUGUUUCUUUAACGGGGGCGGAUGUUUUGGGGAGCUUUUCAAGACUUCACGUCAUUUGGUCUUCCCCCUUUUGUGCGUGUUGUGUGUGUGUGUGUGUGUUGUCAAGAAGGCAGUAGGGUGAGGGUGUCAUAUUCAAACAGUGGCCUACUCACUUUCAAUUGUUCUUUUUGAAUCAUAAGUGCAGUUAAUGUGAUUCACCUCCCUGCAUCAAUUUGUUCUUGUCUGCAGUUCCUCGUGGGCCAAGUCUGCUACAUUCACUCUCUCCUCUCUACCCUGAGAAUCGGGGAGUGUCACUAUCCAGAAGACUUGCUCAGUUGGGGGUAGCAUUUUUGUUACGGGAAUAAGUUUGCACAUUUCAUUGAACAAAAAUGGCUCACGGUUCUCCCAAUGUCAACUGUUCGCUGGACGAAAUAGAUCUUAAUGCCCUCAAGGAUCCAGCUGGUAUUUUUGAGCUAAUCGAGGUUGUUGGAAAUGGAACCUAUGGCCAAGUGUAUAAGGGCCGUCACACCAAGACGGGUCAACUUGCCGCCAUCAAAGUCAUGGACGUUACCGAGGACGAAGAAGAGGAAAUCAAAUUGGAGAUCAACGUCCUGAAAAAGUUUUCACACCACCGCAACAUCGCCACCUAUUUCGGCGCUUUCAUUAAAAAGAGUCCACCCGGCAAAGACGACCAACUCUGGCUGGUGAUGGAAUACUGCGGUGCCGGAUCAGUAACGGACCUGGUCAAAUCCACCAAGGGACAGAGCCUCAAGGAGGAAUGGAUCGCCUACAUUUGCCGAGAGAUCUUGCGUGGCCUGGCCCAUUUGCACGCCAACAAAGUCAUCCAUCGUGACAUCAAGGGACAGAACGUUUUGCUGACGGACAAUGCCGAAGUCAAACUAGUGGAUUUCGGUGUGAGUGCCCAGCUGGACCGGACGAUCGGCCGCCGAAACACGUUCAUUGGAACGCCUUACUGGAUGGCCCCGGAAGUAAUUGCUUGCGAGCACAACUCUGAAGCCACAUAUGACAACCGGAGUGAUUUGUGGAGUUUGGGUAUCACUGCCCUGGAAAUGGCCGAAUCCCAGCCGCCCCUGUGCGACAUGCAUCCCAUGCGAGCUCUUUUUCUGAUCCCUCGCAAUCCUCCGCCUCGUCUGAAAUCAAAGAAAUGGGCCAAAAAAUUUCACAGCUUCAUUGAGACGGUUUUGGUCAAGGAUUACCAUCAGCGUCCGUACACUGAGCAUUUGCUAAAGCAUCCGUUCAUUCGCGAUCAGCCUACUGAACGACAAGUCCGUAUCCAACUCAAGGAUCAUAUCGAUCGGUGCAAGAAACACAAGCAACAGAAAGAACGCGAAGAUUACCGAUAUAGCGGUUCAGAUAAUGAGGAAGAGGAACACCCAGUGGCGGGCGAGCCGUCUUCCAUCAUUAACCAAGUUCAGGGUGGUGAUACACUACGCCGCAAUUUCCAGCAGAUUCAGGAAGGUAAAACGCUGACCAGCCCGAGCCCCAAGGACCCGCGAGAAGCUCGCGAGCGUGAAAGGGAGCGCGAACGUGUCGAAAGGGAACGAGAACGCGAGAGAGAACGUGAACGUGAUCGCGAAAGGGAGAGAGAACGUGAGCGUGAAAGAGAGCGAGAGAUUCGCGAUCGCGAGAACCGCAACAGGGGAGGCGGCAAGGAAAGCAAACGGGACAAAGAAGAGUUCAUCGAUCCCAGCCCGCCGGCUAGGCCUCCGCUCCCGCAGAGACUCAUCGUCGUUCCAGAUCCACCUCCACCUUCUCGGCCACUUCCUCUUCCUCCAAAAGAAGAACGGAAGCAGGCCACGCCUCCAAUAUCUUCCCAGCAGCAGCAGCAACAUCACCGUCAGGGUCAUCACGGACAGCAACCUCCGCAGCAACCGCCAAGGAAUUCUCAGCUUUUCAAACAAGCCCAAGCUCGCAAACCCGAGGAGUUGGACGUACUGGCUGCUCAUUUGAAUGAACUCGGAUUGAGCGGCUCGCCGGCUGCUGCCGCUGGUCCGUCUUCUACCGGUGCUCCGCCUCAUUCAGCUUACCCUGUUGCGCCUAGCCGUUCAAACGGCAAUAAAGCGGCUCUACCCGAGCCGGCCUCGCAAUUCGCAGCUGCAGCCGCAGCUCGUGAAGCUGCGCGUGAAGCGUCUCGUGAAGCCGCUCGCGAGGCAGCGCGGGGAGUUGCCCGCGAGGCUGCCAAUGCUCGCGAAGCGGCGGCGGCCGCAGCCGCCGCAGCUGCUGCUGCUGCUGCUGCCGCCCAGCACAGCGAUUCCGAUAAUGAAGAAGAACCAGUUGCUCGUGGAACAAGGAAUGAUGGAACCCUUCUCGCCAGUGAUCCACCCAAACCACUGCCCAGCGAACCAAGCGUCGCUGCGAUUAAAGAAGGAACGGCAAUGGGAGCUGGCGCUCCGAAUCGGCCGCUACCACCGACACCGGAUGAGGAUGCCAACGAACGGACGCUGAUCAUGAAGCGGAUGCUGAAGGACUGGGACUUUGCCCAGUUUUUUCCCAACUGGAAUGCGCCGCCGGUAGCGACAGGGACGCGCAGCAGCGAAGAGCCGAUGGAAGAGAAGAGUAGCAGCUCGAGCGGAAGCAGUUCCGGACGCGGGGUGACGUCCUCGACGUCGGCGGCCACUCCGCCGCGGAUGCACCGACGCAACGAAUCGGAUUCGGCUCUUUCCGGCGUGGCCAAAAAUAGCGAUCCGCUGUUCAGUUCGCGCAUGCCGUGGGUCGGUGGCCGUCACCGCAGUAUCAGAGAGCCGACGCUGUCCAGCGACGAGUCCGUCAGCUUGACCGAGUUUAGCCGCAAAGCUUCGCAGCUGGAAUUGCGGACCAAAAGGGACGGCACUCUGACGGGCGAAUUUGCCCCGCCGCGUCGCGAGAAGACGGACAUACUCGAUCUGCGCCGGCUCGAGCUCAAGAGGGAGCUGGAAGAGCGGAGACGAGCUAACGGAGAGACAGGCCGUCACAGCCAAUCAGAAGUCAACGGAUCAGCCGUGACGAACAUGCCCACGUCUCGCCCGUCGCGACCUCCCCUCUUGAAAUCCACCUCCGAACCUUGCGCUCCCCUCGCUCUCUUCAGGGACCACCAACAGAACCGAGACGAGCGGCAUUCUGAAGCUCAUCGGAUGGACCCGUCAUCAUCAGGACAUCACAUGGGCACGCCCGGAUCACGUUCCAGCACCGUUUUGCCAGACCUGCUCUCUCAAGCAUCCACACCCAGCGGCCAUCGGCUAGACAAGUCUUCCAGCGAAGAGCAGUAUCGUCAAGCGUUGAAUAAAUCCACCCCGCUUCAUCUCCAGCAGAAACAACGUUCGUUUUUGACGUUCGGCUUCGGUGCCAGUGGUAGUAGCGCCGGUGGAUCCUCUACCGGAACCGAAAGGUCUUCACUGGCAAUCGCUGGUGGAGCCGGCGUUCCGCCACGGCGUGAAUCCAACAUAAAUGUCAACGUAACGCCAACGUCUCAUGACGCCGUUCCCGACACGCCUGAAAUCCGCAAAUACAAGAAGCGUUUCAAUUCGGAAGUACUCUGCGCUUCAUUGUGGGGAGUCAAUUUACUGAUUGGAACGGAGAAUGGCUUGAUGUUGUUGGACCGAAGUGGUCAGGGCAAAGUGUACCAGUUGAUUUCGCGCCGACGAUUUCAACAAAUGGAAGUCCUCGAAGGCCAAAAUAUUUUGGUGACAGUUUCUGGCAAGAAGAACCGCGUACGCGUUUACUACCUCUCGUGGCUCAAAUCCAAGAUCUUGCGUACUGAGGGCGUUGGCGACCAGAAUAUCGAAAAGCGCAACGGCUGGAUUAACGUGGGCGACCUCCAAGGCUCUGUUCAUUUCAAGAUCGUCAAGUAUGAAAAGAUCAAAUUCCUCGUCAUUGCUCUGCGUGACAGUAUCGAGAUCUACGCUUGGGCACCCCGCCCCUAUCACAAAUUUAUGGCUUUUAAAUCUUUUGGAGACUUGGCUCAUCGUCCUCUACUAGUCGAUUUGACUAUCGAAGAAGGAACUCGUCUCAAAGUCAUUUAUGGAUCGGCUGAAGGAUUCCAUGCCAUCGAUCUGGAUCAAAGCUCAGUUUACGAUAUCUAUAUCCCAAAACACAUUCAAAACGCAAUCACACCUCAUACGAUCGUUACUCUGCCCAACUCCAACGGUAUGCAAAUGCUUUUGUGCUACGACAAUGAAGGUGUCUACGUCAACACAUCGGGCAAGAUGCUAAAGAACGUGGUGCUUCAGUGGGGCGAGAUGCCGACCAGCGUGGCCUUCAUCGGCAUCGGUGAGAUUAUGGGCUGGGGCAACAAGGCCAUUGAGAUUCGCAACGUGGAAACUGGGCACUUGGACGGUGUUUUCAUGCACAAGAAAGCCCAGAGGCUGAAAUUCCUCUGCGAACGUAACGAUAAGGUGUUUUUCUCGUCAGCCAAAGGUGGCUCGACGUGGCAGAUCUAUUUUAUGGUUCUUAACAAACCCGGAAUGGCAAAUUGGUAAAACGGGAGGAAAGAAAAAAUGACAGCGUGAGCAAAAAUAGAUGACAAGUCGCGAAACACCGGAGAAACAGCAGAUAAAAAAGCAAUAGUAAUAACAUUUAUUAGUACACAAGCUCAACAUUCAAAGAGGUAAACAAACAAAAAAAGAAGAAGAAAAAAAAAAAUGGGGGAAGAACAAGAAGAAAAAUUUUACCAAAACAGGGCACAUCUAAGGGAAUCGAUCAUGCUGUACUUACGCCACAUUUGAUACAACAUUUAAAUUGACUCAUCACGGGCCGUAAGAACAAUAUUUAAGUUCGUACAUUAGUAAAAGAAGGAAAAAAAUUGGGAAAAAAACAAAAACAAACAAACAACAAAAGGCGAAAAAGUCGUUUCUCAUCACGCAGACUUCAGUUGCCUUUCGGGAAGAAUCCAAAAGAAAAAAAAUGAAUUAAAUAACAACUUUUUUUUUUCUCUUUUUUUUUUUUUUUGAAUGGGGUGUUGGGGGGAAGGGGAGGGCCUUGUAAAUAUUUCAUAUGCAUCUGAGAAAUGGGCAAACAAAAAAAAAAAAAAACGUAAGCCAGACAUAGAAAAAUUUCCUUUUCAGCAAGCUUUAAUUCUAAAAUAGAACCCGUAGAUCGACCAUACAUCGCCCUAUUUUUGGUACUUUUUACACCCAAUCAGCUUCCUUUAUCCUUUAUGGUUCCUUUCCUACUCCUUUGAUCGUAUAUGUUGCUUUUUUUUUUUUCCCUGUUCUUUUCUUGUCGAUAAUAUACCCCCUCCCCUUCUCCCUACACCCAUUUUUGGUGUACGUGAACACACACAGACACGGGCAAUAGAUCCAGCUUCGAGAAUCGAAAGAUGUCUUUGAAGAAGUAUGGUGUAAAAAGGUUGUGGCAAAUCAUCUGCACCUUUAUUUUGUAUCUUUUGGAAUAUUAUCCCCGUAGCGUUAUUUUUUUUUUUUUUCAUUGAAAAAAUUUGAAUGGCCUUUCAGAAUCGUUUACACACAUCAAAAGAGAAAAUUUUCCCUUUUUUUUUUUUUUUACAAAAUGAAAUAAUAAUAAUUUUGUCCUCUGUCGCCACGUUUUUUUUUUCUACAAUUUGGAAUAGAAAACCCUGUUUGUGCUGUGCUGUGUGUUUGUUUUGACGUACACGAUGUUUUGUUGUGUAUGUGCGAUCAAUUAUCGUGUUUCUAUUUUUCAACGUCUUCAUGAAUUCCCUCCCCAGGACACCUGGAAAACACAGGCGAUCCAGCGUCAUUCGUUUCCCCCCUCUCUUGCUUCACAUCCUUCCGAUUCAAAUCGAUCCUGUCUUUUUCCUUGUUCCUUCCGCCCGCUCUCACUCAUCCAAUCUGCUGUUCUUUACUCGCCACCGAUCCACAUUGAUGAUGAUGUGCACGAUUUUUAACCAAACUGGGGCUUUUCUGUUUCAUCAAAGAGUUAAAAAGAUUGAAGCAAAAAAUAAAAAUAAAAAAAAAGUGAAAAAUAAUACAGAGGUAACACAUUGA